CACCGGCCCAUUGGGAGAAGCGGUGCAGGGAGGCCAAUCGCCUUGGUAAGAAUAUGCCACUUCCCUGUGUAUUAACGCACUCGCUCUCUCCAUUUAGGAGUGUCACAAGCUGAAGGAAGCUAUGUAUGGCCUGGUUAUCUUCAGCCUCUGUCUGAGUGCAGUGUACAGCCAGUUCCCCAGGGCUUGCACCACACCAGAAGCUUUGAAGGCCAAGAGCUGCUGCCCAGCAUGGGAAGACGGAAGUCCAUGUGGUUCACUCUCAGGCCGUGGCCAAUGUCGUGACUGGGUAGUAUUUACGCCACUGUCAGCUAGACAAGUUCCCCAGCCUUAUAAUGACCGUCUCAAGUGGCCACGAAAUUAUUUUGACAGUACGUGCGAGUGUUUUGGUAACUACAGCAGCUACAAUUGUGGGGAGUGCAAGUUUGGAUACUUUGGAGAAAAAUGUGACCAAACAAAAACUAUAGUUCGCAAAGAGAUCAGAGAAUUGUCACGCAUAGAACAACAACGAUUCUUCAGUUACUUGGCUCUGGCCAAGACAACAAAAAGUGAGGACUUUGUUGUCCUCAGCACAGGAAACAGGCAUUACCGAGACACACAUCGAUUUGUAGAUGCAACUAUUUAUGAUGUUUUUUCUUGGAUACAGUACUAUUCCAUGAAACCAAUCAUGAUAAAACGCUCAAUUAUUGAUCCUAAUAAAAACUGUACCGAUCAAGGUCCAGCUUUGCCAGGCAGGCAACGUUCAGCUCUCUUAUUCUUAGAAAAACAAAUGCAGCUUCUGACUGGUGAUGAAGACUUUGGUCUGCCAUAUCUCGACUUCGAGUGUGGCAGAGAGUCAUUUGGAGCUGAUGAUGUUCAAGUAUACCUGAGUUCUUUUGUUGGCUGGAUGGACUUUUGCGGUAAGAUCGAUAAUCCUGUUCCCUACUGUCCAGAUGCUGGGGAUGACUUUCAGAUGGAGCGAGUGCACCGGAAUCCAGGGGGCAAUCCACAUGACAGUACUGCAAGAAGGAGCAUCCGAAAUAUACUGGAAGAUUUCGUGAGACCAUCGGAUGGGGAGACAUUAGAAAGGAACUUGCCCAACCUUGGAGGAACCACGUCAGAAAUUGUAGUCGGCAGCAAUGAUCCAUUAUUUUUGUUGCACCAUGUCUUCAGUGACAAGAUUUUUGAUGUAUGGCUGAGAAAGUAUAAUGGGAAUUCAAGUAGUUAUCCUAACAAUGAUGAGCUGGGACAAGGACCCAAUGAAUGCUCCACCCCGUCCUUGCCCUGCUAUUUAAACAAAGAUAUGCUUCAAGUAUCUACUAAAUUUGGAUAUAAAUAUUCUGUAUAUCAGGACCUAGAUAUCUAG